AUGCCUGCAGGACACGGGACUGGAUCGAUUCACUUUAGCGUUCUAUUUCGGGGUGUGGAGAAGUGGAGAAAACAAUUGGGUUGCCGUCAGUCAUCGAUGGUUCGGAUCACCGAGGAAUUGGUCCGCAAACGAGCAGAACAUAAUGAGGGGGAAAUAUGUAGUCUGGAGGAACUAGCACUUCACCAACAGGAUAUUGAGAAAAUCGAAUUUCUAAAUAAAAACUGUAAAAAACUCAGGAUUUUGUAUCUGCAGAACAAUCUUAUCUCCAGAAUUGAGAAUAUUAACCGUUUAAAGGAACUGGAAUACCUUAAUUUAGCUCUAAAUAAUAUUGAAAUAAUUGAAAACUUGGAAGGUUGUGAAUCUCUAAAAAAACUCGAACUCACAGUGAAUUUUAUUGGUGAUUUGACUAGCGUGGAAAACCUGAUAAAUUUGGAAACUCUUGAAGAGCUUUAUUUGAUAGGGAAUCCGUGCACCGACUAUGCUGGGUACAGAGAGUAUGUCAUCGCUACAUUGCCCCAAUUAAAGAUACUAGAUGGUGAAGAAAUCGGAAAAGCUGAACGCAUCACUGCUUUUCAAAAUCUUUCGAAACAUUACAAAUCUAUACUGAACUCACAGGAAGAAUACUUUCACAGAAGGGCCCAUGAGAAAGUUCAGGCUCAGCAACGGAAAGAAAGGUUUUCGGAAAAGUUGAAGGAAAAUAAUGGGUGA